CCAACAUACAUGUUUAACGGCAUGAAGUUCAGAUUUCUUUUUGUUCGACUCUGAGAACAUCUGUCAGAUGUAUCACAAGAGGAGGUUCCGGAGUCCUGAGGAGAUUCGUGAAUGGAAAAGAAGAAGACGGUCCCCAAGCUGGGGACACAAUGAUAGAUAUAGACAUCAAGAUCACUGGAGAUCACCACGCAGGUCCUGUUCCAGGAGGAAGGAGGCUUACUGGAGGAAGUCUUACAAGACACGAUCCAGGGAAGGUAGUCUCACUGGCAGUCUGUCAUCUCAAAGUGAGCAUUACUAUAGACACUCUUAUGCACUGGGGAAGACAAAGACUGGAAAACACAAUCAUGAAGCCCCUCACAGACGCCGCUCUAGGUCUGGCAGCUUUUCUUCCUCGAAGAGCCAGCGAAGUGCUAAAAGCAGCCAGAAUGUAGAAGAUGACAAGGAAGGGCACCUGGUGUGCCGGGCUGGAGAUCGCAUCCUGGAGAGAUAUGAAAUAGUGGGAAAUCUGGGAGAGGGAACAUUUGGUAAAGUGAUAGAGUGCCUGGACCGUGACAGAGACAAAGCUCCAGUUGCUCUGAAAAUAAUACGUAAUGUGAAAAAAUACAGGGAGGCAGCCUUGCUAGAAAUUAAUGUCUUAAAGAAGCUCCGGGAGCAAGACCAAGAGAAUAAAUACAUGUGCGUGUUAAUGCGGGAUUGGUUUGAAUACCAUGGACAUAUGUGCAUUGCAUUUGAGCUGCUAGGAAAAAGCACAUUUGAUUUCCAGAAAGAGAACAACUUUCUGCCAUAUCCACUUUGUCAAAUUCGGCACAUAGCCUACCAGGUUUGCAACGCCGUAAAAUUUUUACAUGACAACAAGUUGACUCACACAGAUCUAAAACCAGAGAACAUACUGUUUGUCAAUUCAGACUUUAGCACUGCCUACAAUGAGGAAAAGAAGUGUGAAGAGAAACGUAUAAAGAAUUCCAGUAUCCGUCUUGUAGACUUUGGAAGCGCUACCUUUGAUCACGAAUACCAUACUACCAUUGUGGCUACGCGCCACUAUCGCCCUCCUGAGGUUAUUAUGGAGCUGGGAUGGUCUCAGUCAUGCGAUGUGUGGAGCCUAGGAUGCAUCCUCUUUGAAUAUUACACUGGCUUCACUCUCUUCCAGACCCAUAGCAACCUGGAACACUUGGUAAUGAUGGAGAGAAUUCUUGGGCCAUUACCUCGACGCAUGGUGUACAAAACAAAGAAACAAAAGUACUUCCAAAAUGGUGCCUUGGUCUGGGAUGAGACGACCACAGACGGACGAUAUGUCAGCAAGAACUGCCACCCUUUACGAACUUACAAGACUGAAGAUUCACCUGAGCAUGCUGAGCUGUUUGACUUCCUACGUAAGAUGUUGGAACACAGCCCCACCCUGAGGAUUACACUGAGCGAGGCCCUCCGGCAUCCUUUUUUCAGCCACCUGAGCCCUGAACAAAAGACUCUCGGAAGCAGAACCUCCAGGGACCUGAGUCGAUAGGAAUAAAUGGCACUAGAAUUCCCCUACUUCCUGCCAUUCCGCAAGAUCUUCUUCAAAGGACAUAUACUUUAAGGGUGGACUUGCAAUAUUGCAUGUGGGAUUUCUAAGUAAAGCCAAGACUUGUAAAUAACAUUGCACAUUGCUGGCAUGUUAUUUUAUUUAAGACUGUCGGAUGCCUUAUUGUCACUAUUGCACAUGGGAACGCUGUACGUGAACCAGGAGCCAGUGAGGAAACACUGUUGAAGCAUCUGUACUGCUGAGUGGAAAAUCACUCUAGAUUAGAAGACCAAAUGCUUUUCUCCUCCCUUUCAAGCUGAAGAUGCAAAGUAGUGUGAGCACAGCGGAUAAGCAUACAGGACCUAUAUCAAGUUCCUGUCUUUACUCCUAUGUAUACGUUUGCAAACUCAGGGAUACAUCGGGAGGGUGAAAUAUUCUUCAACAGUGAUCCUCGAUAUGGUGACCACAACUGCAAUGCUGUAAUAUUAUAGGCUAUGGCAUGAACUCUGUUGCCUUGUAUACUUGGCUCACUGUUGCACAUGUAGCAUGGACGGGAGGGAUGUUAUUAUUUUUGUAUAGGAGCUGUUAAAAAUAAACUUUGAAUGGUCAUCAUUUUA